AAUUUAAAUAUUAAACUAUAAUUUGACAUGUUUGCGAACGGUAGUGCCGCUGCUGGCGCACUGAAAAUGUUUCAUUUCUUAUUUUUGUGUAUAUUUGUACAGGAUACUUUAGGCUUUGUAAGCAAAGACUCUCCACCACAAUGGAAUGGGGUGUAUACAGUCAAGGGUUUGUUGACCAUUCCUUAUGCAGAGCUACAUGAACCAUUUUAUGCUUGGUAUGACAGCAAAAAUGGCAAGUCUCGUAUUGACUACUACGGCGGUAUGGUUAAGACUUACCAGCUCUCUGCCGGCGUGUUCCCGAAGUUUGGAACAUCGAUUAAGAUAGCUCCAGUGACGACAGAACACGUGCUGAAUCAGGAGACAUGUCUCCAGGUGAAUGGCACUGACGAUAUGUCUGUCAACAUUCAGUCAGUCCUGCCUGACAUGACGGAUUUUAAAUUUGUGGGCACAGAAACAAUGCAAGAUUCGGACACGACAAAAUGGCGGAUGGUAAUGACUGUCGGGGAUAAGAUUAACAAGUACACGAUGUGGGUCAAGUAUAGGAAGAGUCUACGCGGCGACUCCGUGCCAAUCCCUGUCAGAUAUGAGAUGAAGGGCUACAACACACUGCUUGGAUCGCAUUACGACCAUUACUACAUCGAGUAUGAGAACUACAAUAUUGAUGACAUCGACCAGAACAUCUUCAAAGUUGAUGCCAAUAUGAAAUGUACAUCGUUCCCCGGGCCUGGCACGAAGCAUUACAUAACUUUCAACCCGAUGAAGGAGUUUGUUCACCCCGUGCAUGAUACUCUUCUCGAUGAUGAGUUCUCCAGAUUUAAGUCUAAACACAACAAGCAGUACGAAACAGAGCUCGAACACACAGAACGACUGAACGUGUUCAGACAGAACCUCCGCUACAUACACUCCAAUAACCGUGCUCGCCUGGGAUUCACGCUCGCCGUCAACCAUCUAGCGGACCGUACCGAGGAUGAAAUAGCCGUACUUCGAGGCCGGACAUAUAGCGGACCUAAUACUGGUUUACCGUUCCCAUACUCAAAGGAGGUAGUGGAGGAGAUGAGUGUAAAACUACCCCCAGAGUUCGACUGGAGGCUGUUCGGAGCUGUCACACCUGUCAAAGAUCAGUCGGUGUGCGGUUCUUGCUGGUCUUUCGGCACGGUGGGGGCGGUGGAAGGAGCGCUGUUUCUUCACAACGGUGGUCACCUGGUGAGGCUGAGCCAACAGGCUCUCGUCGACUGCUCCUGGGGAUUCGGAAACAAUGGAUGCGACGGUGGAGAGGACUAUCGUGCGUAUCAGUGGAUCAUGAAGCACGGCCUGCCCACUGAGGAGGACUACGGAGGUUACCUGGGACAGGACGGCUACUGCCAUGUUGACAACGUGACCCUGGUAACGUCCAUCAAGGGAUGGGUUAACGUUACCGCUAAAGACGAGAAGGCACUCAAGCUGGCGAUAUUUAAGCACGGUCCUAUAUCGGUGGCGAUAGACGCGAGCCAUAAGACCUUCAGCUUCUACUCGAAUGGAGUCUACUAUGAUCCUCAAUGUAAGAAUAAGGUGGAGGAGUUAGACCACGCGGUACUUGCCGUGGGCUACGGCGUUCUCAACGGACAGAAGUACUGGCUGAUCAAGAACUCCUGGUCCAACAUGUGGGGCAACGAUGGCUACGUCCUCAUGUCGAUGAGAGACGACAACUGCGGGGUGCAGGCGGCCCCAACAUAUGUUCUCAUUUAGAUCUGCAAAGUACUCGUUUACCCAUCGGAACAACUUGGUUUCAGACACGGAUUACUAGACAUUUUGUUCCCACUAUUUCUGAGGCUGACCCCCUUAUUCAUAAUAGUCUGCUAACUUAAAGCAUUGCUAAUUCUAUUCUUCUAUUGACCUAAGUCAGAAUGGGAAAAAACACUCCUAAGCGGCUGUUUAAAGUUAGCGGACCAUUUUGAAUAAGGGGGUUAGUGUUUAGUUAAAUUUAGGUCGAAAAUUUUAACUAUUUUCCAUUGGCAACAAGCCUAUGAUUAUUGUGAAAAUUAAAAACUAUUGAGGCUUUUAGUAUAUUAUUUGGUAAAUUGAAUAAAAAUAUAAUGUAUGGAUAAAAAAAAUUAAAUUCUAGAAAGACCAAUUUGGUCAAAUUACCACAAUCUAUUGCAUAACCUUUGAAUUGCAAUUUGUUUUAGGUAGUCUUUUAAUUAGUCCUUUUUAAUUGUACCUUUAUUUACAAUUACUUUGAAUGUAAAAAUGUUAAAAAAAUCAGUAGGAAUAAUAAUUGUUGCCUUGGCAAGAAGACUAGUUGGAAAAAUACUAUUUUGUUCAUAUUAUGUGCAGAAGUAUAUUGUAACACGUUGUAACCAUGUGCUCGUAAUGUUAGCGAGGUAUUCAAUUAUCAACAGUGGUCUUAAAAUUAUGCUUUCUCAUACUCAUUUAAUAAUUUUUAAUUAAUUGUCAAUUUAUUAACUACUUUCGCAUUUUACUUUAACAGUAUAACAAUGAAUUAUUAAACAAAUACAUAAACAACACAAAUUAAAUAUAUCUUAAUACGUCAAUUUGACCGAUUUGGUCUUUCUGGCUGUUUCGAAAAUUUCGGUCUUAGUGUUAAAAUAUAAAAUUUAUUUUAAUAUCGCGUACGAAUUUGACCAACUUGUUGUCACCAUGGGAACUAACGGCGAUCAUUCUAAGGAUCAGUUAUUUUAAGAUAUACUUUUGAUUUCUGUAUUUUAUAGCUGAGUAGUGAAUUUAAAUUUUAAUACUCCCACGUAACAAUUCUCAUUAUAUUUCUAAGCGAUUCUCUCUAAUUAGACAGCAAAUUGGUGUCGAGAUUAGCAGCAUUAAAGAUCUUAAUUUUCCAUGGUAUAUUGGCAAUAACUUGACUGAUUAUUAUAUAGUGAAGAUUAAAAACUGGUCAUUUAUAAGACUACGAACUUUUGUAAAAGAAACAUUUUUUUUAUUUGCAUGGCGCCAAGUAAUUUACGCUCUCUAUUAAAAUUUUGACUGUUCUCUCUGUUUGAAUCUGUUUGUCACUUUCGAACAGCCUAAACCUGGUUUCCAUUCUGUAACGUGUAAUUGACUCUUGAAACAACUUUUAUUUACACUUUUUUUUUUAUAUUUAUUAAAAGAUUUUUUCGAUAUCAUUGGGCAUUUAAGAUGUUUAAUGCGCAUUAGAAUAAGGUUUUAAAUGUUUUGUUCAAAGUGCCUGUACUCAAUGUAAUUGGAACUCAUUAGUACUAUUAGUUCUGAUUUAUUUAGAUUGUUUUGCAUAUAUUUUAUUUUUAGGGAAGUAAUAAAGAUUUUUAAAGAAAUAA